CGCUGGGCGUGGGGCCUCUGUGGUGGUCCUGAUGUGCCCCAUGCCGCAUUGUCUGUAUCUACAGUCAACACAGAGAGCCGCGGCGUGGGGAUCAAGCAGAGUCAGCUCUCUGUGAGCUCCCGCAUUGUGCAAGAGGAUGAAUUGUUGAAAGCUGUGAGAAGCAACGAACCAUUGCGUCUAACGUUCACCCUCCACUUGACCGAGAGUACGUCCGUCGAGUGGGAGACCGUAGCGUGGCGCCGUUGUCUAUACAUUCGCGUACCGAGCUGCCUUCUGCCCGAAGGAUCAAAAGAGGGCUUCGUCUCCCUUUUGGAAUACGCCGAGGAAACGUUGCGCUGCACCAAUAUCAUCGUUUGCCUGCGUAAAGAUAGAUCUGACCGAGCAAUGCUGGUUCGUACCUUCAUGUUCUUGGGCUUCACGGUCCUGCCGCCGACUCAUGCCUUGGUACCGCCAGGCAGUGACGCGGGCAAUCUCUACAUGCUCUAUGCCAUCGAGUAAUCGGCAAGCAGCUCGGCACCUCUCAAAUUUAACGCGCAGGUACAGUCGUAAACGAGUUUAAGGUAAAGUACUGGAGAAGGCACGCCUGGAGAGAGGAACGAUUCAAUGCACUUUUCUUUUGUAUUUUAAGUUUCUUUGUAUACUUACGUUUUUUUUUUUAUCAGAGAUAAAAGGGGCUUUUUCUAUUUUUGUUACGAUUUUUUACGAGAAGAAAUGUAGAGGAACUCUAUGCGUGAAAAAGGACUCAUGUCAGUCGAUCACACCGGGUAACACCUUGGCGUUAAAUUUCAGAGGCUUAACGGAACAAAAAUAUAGUCGCGAAUACGUAGAGAACGCGUACAUAAAAGGCUUUCGAUGGGUAUAUCGAUUCAUUCUCUUGAGCACAAUGUUAAUAACUCUUGUAAGAGCAUAUAAGCUGCUGACAAAGCUUCCCACGUGAAGGAAUUUGACGGAAUUUGUUACUGUGCACUAAGAACUGUAUUUAGUGACAAGCCGUCAAAUUUUAGAGAAAAUUUAUUAUCGACAAAUCUCAAUGUUAAUUGUGGCAGAUUGGGUAUCACCGUAUUAUUAUUAUUAUUAUUAUUAUUAAUAUUAUUAUUAGUAAUGUAGUACAUUUUCUUAUAUUAUUUGUAAGUAUUAUCAACAUGUAUACUAUAUGAUUACAUUUAAUGUCUGUUGUGCGAAUAUCGGUAAAAUUCACCCAGUGAAUUCAAUCGCUUUCCAGCCUUCCAUUAAAGAUUGCAUUGUGACAUAUCAGUUGACAUAUACAUACUUCGUGAAAACGAUGUAAUUAUUCUUUCUUUAUAGUUGCGCAAAUAGUGAUGUAUCCCGCGGAUUAAAAAGACCAAGCAAAGAUGCAAAACCAUCGGACAGAAAUAAGAUUCUGUCCAUUAAAAUCAAUAGAGCCGCAAGAUCAAACUAAAAACGUCACAAAUAUCACUUCAUAUCAUUGCCGGAUAUUCAAAACGAUAUAUUUUGUGCAAAUAUCUUAGCAAUUAAUAAUUGGAAGGUACUAGAUUAUUAUAAAACUUAUUUAUCGUUAUAAUCCUUUUAUUAUCGUUAUCGUCUUAUUAACUUUUUUGUUAAUGGUAGAUUCUUUAGAUAUAAGUGAUAGUAUAUUAGGUAAUCCCCAAUCAGUUAACAUUGGAGAGAUCUUGCUAAUAAAUGAGUUCUUUAGUGUUGACUUGAUAACAGACAACAUGAAAAAUAUAAAAAUGCAAAAAAAAAGUGAAAAAAUGUCGGAAAGAAACAAAAAAAAUGUGUUAAUAGCUUAUUAGUAAAUAGGUAAAGAUAAGUACAGAGUGACGGACUAUUGUAUGUUAACUUCACACGCAAAUAAUUAUCAACUUGCCUCAAGUUUUUAAAUUGAUAAAUAAUUCCGUGCGUUUUAUCCCGUCAGUUAGUAUUAUAUAUUCGUACCUCUGACCACAUAUGAAAAAUGGAUAUGUAUGCUACGUUUCUUAUUCAUACAUGAAGACGUAUAUAAUUGCUAAAUAAACAUUUAAUAAAACCCUU